GUUAACCCGGAGGGUGGAGAGCCAGGGCCCGUGGAGGGAGAGGUGAUGAGCAUGGGUGAGAGGUGGGAGGUGUGAAAGAUCGAGCCGGAUUGCAGGCCUGGGAGGGACAGGAAAGUCUGCGCGGCAGAGGGGCUGAGAGAGGAUGCUAGAAGAUGGACGAGGUGGCUGUGAAGCAGGGUUUGCUGUACCUCCAGCAGCAGCAGACCUUCGGGAAGAAAUGGAGGAAGUUCUGGGCCGUGCUGUACCGGGAGACCCCCUGCUCCUGCGCCUACCUGGAGCUCUACGAGGGCUCCGGGCCCCCCGCCCCCGAGAAGCCCAAGAAAGCAGAGAGCGGCAAGAAGCUCAUUAAGCUGAGUAACUGCGUGCACGUGUCUGAGGCGAACGGGGACACCAGCAGCCCCAAGGAGACUGUCCCCUUCAUCCUGGAGCGAACGCCCCUUGUGUCACGUGUCCUGGCUUUACGUGCGAUCACUUUUGCAAUGUUGAAAUGGAGGAAGUUCUGGGCCGUGCUGUACCGGGAGACCCCCUGCUCCUGCGCCUACCUGGAGCUCUACGAGGGCUCCGGGCCCCCCGCCCCCGAGAAGCCCAAGAAAGCAGAGAGCGGCAAGAAGCUCAUUAAGCUGAGUAACUGCGUGCACGUGUCUGAGGCGAACGGGGACACCAGCAGCCCCAAGGAGACUGUCCCCUUCAUCCUGGAGACCACGGACAAGCGCUACCUGCUGGCCACGGACAGCACCGAGGUGGCCCAUUGGGUUGGCGCCCUCUGUGAGGUGGCCUUCGCGAGGAGCCGGGAGGAGCGGAAGGCGCCCGCGGGGAAGGAUGGUCAACUGGGCUUGCUAGCCAUGGAGGAGAACUCCCUCUACAGCUCCACGAUCAAAGGGGCGCCCACGAGGGAGUUCCGCGUGGCAGUCCGGACCACGGAGUCCUCUGAGCGCUGCCAGCUGUGGGGCAGCUUCCUCCUGCGGGCUGAGGAGGAGGCGCUGGAGCUGUGGGACCUGCAGACGGGGAGCAUGCUGUACGCCUGGCCGUACAGGUUCCUGCGGCGGUUCGGACGGGACAAGGUGACCUUCUCCUUCGAAGCCGGCCGCAGAUGCACCUCUGGAGAAGGCAACUUUGAGUUUGAGACGACGCAAGGCAACGAGAUCUUCCAGGUCAUCGAGUCAGCCAUCAACGUGCAGAGGGGCCUCGGGGCCCGGCGGACGACGCUUUCAGGGUUCCCGUGCCGCUUGGAGGGGAAACCAGCCAAGGGCAAAUCCGUGAAGCCCACCACCAGCUGCCCCCUGUCCGGGGAGCCCACCCGCAGCUACACCGCCCCUGCUGACCCCGAGGUGCCCUACGCGGAGCCCCGCGACUCCAUCCGGCUGAACCCGCAGGGCAGAGCCAAGACCAUGGAGCGGGCGCGGAAGGCGGUGGCUCAGAACAAGGCGGCCCCCGAGUGCGAGUACGCCGUGCCCUUCGACACCAUCCUUCCUGUGCGGCUUCUGUACGACAGCAUCGACGAGGUGGGCGCCAAGAAGCGGAACCACACGCUCCCGCACUCCAAGCCAGAGCACAUUUACGACGAGCCCGAGGGCCUGCAGGCCCACUCCGUGUACGACGAGCCCGAGGAGGUCCGAGGCGAGGCCUGGAAGCUGCAGGCCACCGCGGAGGACCCUGUGGGCCACGAGUACCCCUACAACCCGCAGCGGGAUGACUACUCCGUGCCCAAGAGGGCCGUGCCCAUCCUAUGCCCCGUCGCCGGCCCAGGGGACGACUGGCUCGGGGAGACGGAGUAUGACAACGUGGCCCUGAAGUUCAUGAAGAAGAACGCGCAGUGAGGGGGGGCGGAGGAGGAGAAAAAGGACUUUCCAUGCUGCCGGGCCACUUGGCCCCGGGUUCUCGAGCCCGGGCGGAGACAUGUCCAAGAGCCGUUGCUCUGCGGGGCGAAUGCUGGGUCCGCCUGGUGGCUGAAAGCCUGUUUGGGCCUAACUGUCCGGCAGGGGAGAAUGAGAGAACCCAAGUACCUGGCCCUUGGGCCGAGACUGACUAUACGCAGGGCAGGGUCCAUGACUUGCUGUAUAUUGCUUGCUGCACUCACACGGUGGUGGCAAUUCAUGUUUAAAGUACAAAAAACACUGCCCCCAAGGGCCGGGGUUACUCUUCCCUGCCCAGAAGGUGUCCCUGGGCAUUGCUAUUAAAAACCGCAGUCAA